AUGGCCGGCACGCAGCAGGGUGCCCCUGGAGGCCGGCGGUGGGUCCUGGUGUUACUAAUGCUGGGAUACCUGGUGCCCACAGGAGGAAUUACUCAUCUGGACACCAGACUCCUGCUAAGCCUGGUUGCAGCCACAGAAAUCCUGGGUGGUCACCAUGUACCCACAUCUCAGCCUUCUGCAGAAGACCUGUGCCCUAAUAUACCCAUCUCCUGUGGGAGAACCCCGGGGAUACGCUCACUGUCCAGAUUCAGGAACAUGAGUGAUGCUUCUUUGGACACAAAGAGGCAACCAAACAAGAGAAAACUGAUCAGAAGGGCACCAUUCAGCCCAGUUCCUUCAAGGUCACCUGCGAGGUCAGAGGGUCCUAUGACUUCCUGGAGGCUGGACGCCAGAGGCCAGGGAUGGGACCCCGGAGGCCCCAGGACCCCAGUGUAUCCCGUGCCCUCUGAGCAGUCACACCCUGCACACUCAGGACUGCAGCACCGGCCACGUUCCCCCACCAGGACAGGAGACAGGCUGCCUUUUGAUGCAGUGGUCUCUGCCCAAACCACAGACCAAGGAACACCUGGGACCACCACACAGUUGACACGUGACCAUUCUUCCCCAGCAUCACUCAUCAGCUCUGUGGGUAGGUAAUAAUAAAAUAACAAUAAAAAUUA